UUUUUUAAUUUUUUUUUUCUGAAAUUUUGUAUUUUUUUUUUUCCGGCUGGCUGGUGUUUCGGCUGGCCGGGUGGGGGAGCGGUUGGCGGUCGGUAACCCAAAAACCCAACAAAGCCAGGUGUAGGGUGCCUGUAAAGCUGUGGAGUACCCGGAGCAGCACUGACCCCCCCAGUACUUCUUCGUGGUUUCGGAGGGUCACACACGUGUGAGAUAAUAAAGCACUUUGGCAGAAGAUUCCUUUUUUUUUCUUUUUUUUUUUUUUUUUUACAAAAUUUUUUCUUUUUUCUCCCUUGGAAUAUUGUGAACAUAUUUGUGGCCAUUUAAGGUUUGUGUGAUUUUGCUAAAAUGCAUCACCAACAGCGAAUGGCUGCCUUAGGGACGGACAAAGAACUGAGUGAUUUACUGGAUUUCAGUGCGAUGUUUUCACCUCCUGUGAGCAGUGGCAAAAAUGGACCAACUUCCUUGGCAAGUGGACAUUUUACUGGCUCAAAUGUAGAAGACAGAACUAGCUCAGGGUCCUGGGGGAAUACAGGACAUCCUAGUCCAUCCAGGAACUAUGGAGAUGGGACUCACUACGAUCAUAUGGCGAGCAGAGACCUCGGGUCACACGACAAUCUCUCUCCUCCUUUUGUCAAUUCCAGAAUACAAAGUAAAACAGAAAGGGGUUCGUACUCGUCGUAUGGAAGAGAUUCGAAUUUACAGGGUUGCCACCAGCAAAGUCUCCUGGGAGGGGAGAUGGACAUCGGCAACCCCGGGGCGCUCUCCCCCAGCAAGCCGGGCUCCCAGUACUACCAGUACUCCAGCAAUAACCCCCGCCGGAGGCCUCUGCACAGCACCUCCAUGGAAGUACAAACAAAGAAAGUUCGGAAAGUUCCUCCAGGUUUGCCGUCCUCAGUUUAUGCCCCGUCAGCAAGCACUGCCGACUACAAUAGGGAUUCACCAGGUUAUCCAUCCUCAAAACCAGCAGCCAGCACUUUUCCUAGCUCCUUCUUCAUGCAAGAUGGCCAUCACAGCAGCGACCCGUGGAGCUCCUCCAGCGGGAUGAACCAGCCCGGCUACGGGGGCAUGCUGGGCAACUCUUCUCACCUCCCCCAGUCCAGCAGCUACUGCAGCCUGCACCCCCACGACCGCUUGAGCUACCCAUCACACUCCUCAGCAGACAUCAACUCCAGUCUUCCUCCGAUGUCCACCUUCCACCGCAGUGGCACGAAUCAUUACAGCGCCUCGUCGUGCACGCCGCCUGCCAACGGGACCGACAGCAUCAUGGCAAACAGAGGAAGUGGGGCGGCAGGCAGCUCGCAGACUGGUGAUGCGCUGGGGAAAGCACUUGCCUCUAUCUAUUCUCCAGAUCACACCAACAACAGCUUUUCAUCAAAUCCUUCAACUCCUGUUGGUUCUCCCCCUUCUCUCUCAGCAGGCACAGCUGUUUGGUCUAGAAAUGGAGGUCAAGCGUCAUCAUCUCCCAAUUAUGAAGGUCCCUUACACUCUUUGCAAAGCCGGAUCGAGGACCGCCUGGAGAGGCUGGACGACGCCAUCCACGUGCUGCGCAACCACGCGGUGGGGCCCGCCACCGCCAUGCCGGGCGGCCACGCCGACAUGCACGGCUUGAUAGGGCCCUCGCACAACGGCGCCAUGGCGGGCCUGGGCUCCGGCUACGGCACCGGCCUGCUCUCCGCCAACCGGCACUCGCUCAUGGUCGGCGCCCACCGCGAGGACGGGGUGAGCCUCCGCGGCAGCCACUCGCUCGUGCCAAACCAGGUGCCGGUGCCCCAGCUGCCCGUCCAGUCGGCCACGUCCCCGGACCUGAACCCGCCCCAGGACCCCUACAGGGGCAUGCCAGCUGGACUGCAAGGGCAGAGCGUCUCUUCAGGUAGCUCCGAAAUCAAAUCUGACGACGAGGGAGACGAAAACCUCCAGGACACAAAAUCUUCUGAGGACAAGAAACUAGAGGAUGACAAGAAGGAUAUCAAAUCAAUUACUAGGUCAAGAUCUAGCAAUAACGACGAUGAGGACCUGACACCCGAGCAGAAAGCCGAGCGAGAAAAGGAGAGGCGAAUGGCCAACAACGCUCGGGAGCGCCUGCGCGUGCGCGACAUCAACGAGGCGUUCAAGGAGUUGGGCCGGAUGGUGCAACUCCACCUGAAGAGCGACAAGCCCCAGACGAAGCUCCUGAUUUUGCACCAGGCUGUGGCUGUCAUCCUCAGCUUAGAGCAGCAAGUCAGAGAAAGAAACCUGAAUCCUAAAGCAGCCUGUCUGAAAAGAAGGGAAGAAGAGAAAGUCUCUUCAGAUCCUCCUCCACUUUCCCUGGCAGGACCCCACCCUGGGAUGGGAGAUGCCUCCAAUCACAUGGGACAGAUGUAAAAAAAGGUCCAAGUUGCCACAUUUCUUCAUUUAAACAAGAGACCACUUCCUUAACAGCUGUAUUAUCUUAAACCCACAUAAACACUUCUCCUUAACCCCUUUUUUGUAAUAUAAGACAAGUCUGAGUAGUUAAGAAUCACAGACGCAAGAGGUUUCAGCAUUCCCGAUUAUUAAAAACAAGAAAAAACAAACAAAAAGUGCAACUUGAGGGACGACUCUCUUUAACAUAUCAUUCAGAAUGUCUAACGCAGUAUGUUACGAGCUGUAAGUGCACAGCCUAGAGACUGAAUGGCAAUCUUCUCCACACUGUGGGACAAUGCAUUUGUGCCUAAACUUCUUUUGGAAAAAAAAAAUAUAA